AUGGCAUCUACUUCAACUUCAUCCAUUCAAAAGAGCUUCAAGUACGAUGUCUUUUUGAGUUUCAUGGGUGAAGACACCCUUACGACCUUUGUUGAUCCUCUCUAUCAUGCUCUUCUAGAGAAAGGUAUUACAACUUACAAAGCUGAUGAAAAAAUCGAGAAAGAGGGAAGGAUAGAUGAUCAGUUCGUCCGAUCUAUUCAAGACUCGAGGUUUCACAUAGUUGUAUUCUCCAAGAACUAUGCAUCUUCAUCAUGGUGCUUAGACGAGCUCGUGGAGAUUAUGAAGUGCCAGAGGACAGACGAUCAGACUGCUUACCCCGUCUUCUUUGAUGUGGAACCCACUGAAGUCGUCAACCAAAGUGGGGCAGUUGGAGAAGCAUUUGCCAAACUUGUUGCCAAACACGAAAAGGGAAGCGGGAUGUUCUCCUUCUUUAAACUGUUCACAAGGAAGAGGAAGAGGACGUCAGAAGAUGUAGAUCUGGAAAAGGAAAAUAAUGUCGGAAGAUGGAGAAAUGCUCUCAAAGAAGCAGUUAGCCUGGCUGGGAUGGAGUUAAAGAACACUUUUAAUGGGCUGGAAACCCAGGUGAUUGGGGUUCAGGGUAUUGGAGGUGGUGGGGAGACCACUUUGGCGAGAAAUAUUUGUGAUCAUACAUCCAUUCGACUUGAAGGUGAAAGCUUUGUUGAGGACAUUAGGGAAAUUUCAAAAGGCUCUGUUGGAAAGAGGUUCAAGUAUGCUGUAUUUUUGAGUUUUAGGGGUGAAGACACUCGUAAGACCUUUGUUGAUCAUCUCUAUCUUGCUCUUAACCAAAGAGGCAUUAUAACUUACCAAGAUGAUGAAAUAAUCAAGAAAGGGAAAAUGAUCGAUGAUCAGCUCAUCACAUCCAUUGAAGACUCGAGGUUUCACAUAAUUGUAUUCUCCAAGAAGUAUGCAUCUUCAUCAUGGUGCUUAGAGGAGCUGGUAAAGAUUAUGGAGUGCCAGAAGACGACCGAGCAGACUGCUUACCCGGUCUUCUAUGAUGUGGAACCCACCGAAGUCCGCCACCAAAGUGGGGCAGUUGGUGAAGCCUUUAAAAACAUGUAGAGAAAGAGGGUGCUCGUAUAUGGAGAAAUCCUCUGAAAGAAGCAGCAGAUCUGGUUGGGUGGGAGUUGAAGAA